CCCUUGUUGACAUUACAGUGACAAUGUUGGGAGUCACGGUUGUGCUCGUGUUAUUGACGUUCGUUGUUCACGCUGAAGAUAUAUGUGCCCCCAAUCAGUGGGAAGGAAUCCAGGCUGUCGUCACGGGGACGGAGGAGGCAGGGACGUUGACGGUGACCCAGAGUACAUCCCGGUUCGCUUUUGAUGCCAACAACACCAGAAUAGCUGCCUCUACAUCCGGGUCACGGAAUGGCAGUUUGUUCAAGAAGGACUUCCUGUUCCUGUAUCAGCAGAGAAGAGUUUACAUCAUGGACGGGGGACGGUGCCGCGCACAGCAACUCCUCCACGACUUCCCGUCUCCCUGUCUCCCCCGGAACUUCAAUUCGACCUGGGGCAUGAUGUGGGAUGGGUUUGUCACUUCAACUGACAAACUAUUUAUGUUUGAGUUUGAGGGUGCUGUAGGCGACCUGUACUGCCACGUACAAGUGUUGGCUUACACGAAACUACCCGUCUUCAUGCAGCAAACUGGAACUGUCAACACAGCGCCCGUGUUCCGGACGACAGCCUACACGAAUUCAACCCUGGGCAUCAAGAACCCGGAUGUAUUCACACUCCCGUCUGUCUGCAAAACAGCAGAAGUAGAGGGUACUUUCGACGCCCCGGCCUAUUUUAUUGGAUUGAAUUUUCAGUGAGGUUGUCCCAAGGCAGGAUGUAUCAAGUGAUUGUAUGAAUAAAGUGAGAGGAGUAUU